AUGAGCUCAAAUAAGCAAAUAACCAAACGCGUGCGCUCUCAAGAGGGACAGGAAGUAAUCUCAGUGAAUAAACAACAAAAAAUCAAUAGUAGCGAAUAUUCUAAACGAUAUCGGGAAAAAAAGAAACAAGAACUCAUUGAUUUGCAGGAAAAAUAUGAAUCACUUGGUGAAGCAAAUCAGAAAUUAAUUAUAGAACACUUUGAUUUGCAGAAAAAAAACGCAUCGCUUGAUGAAGAAAAUCAGAAAUUAAGUAUAGAAAAUACUUCUCUGCGUGACAAAAUACAGAAAUUGGUAUUUGAAAAAGACUCCCUUAAUUUAAAUUGGAUGAUGUUUUUUAUUAGUAUUUCGUCGUCUAAUCAAGAGCUUAAUGAAAACGUACCUUUUUCGCUUGAUCAAAAUCUAAAUACGUUUUUAUAA